GUUUACCUGAUCAAGAUAUAGGACUCAGGGUGGAUGUGGCCGGUCGACAGGGGAUGCUUAUUCCUCCUAGGAACCUGAUCCCACGUCUGGUGUGUGCAGGGGUUCGUGUUUGCCAAACUAUGCAUUUUGUAUUGAUGUCAGGAGUUAUGAAAUUGAUCACUGUUCGUUAUCUUUACCUUUCUUUUAAAAUUUUCUCAAGAACCACAAAAGUUUAAGAAAAUCUAAAUGCAUAGUGAUGUAGAACAGGAAGGUAUCUACCACAAAUGUACAUUUCAUGACCCCCGGGGUAGGGAUUUUGACCCCAGGGUGAGGCCAAACUUACUAUAUGGUGUUUAUGUGUAAACCACUUAAAUAACAUAUCCCUUAGUAAUAUUGAUACUAAAUUGUAACUAAAUAAAUAUUUAGAAAGAGCAAUCAUUGCUUGGUUUCUACUAAUACGAACACCUCUAAAUUAUACCCCUACCCUUGAUUUUAUUGACAUGGUUCAUCUUUUCCAAGAAGUUUUUUGGGGAAAUGGAGAUGACUAUGGUAAUGAUAUAGUAUAUGAGUUAAUAAUAUCAAAACAUAUUCAACAACUAUCUAUCAUAAAAAAUGAGACCCUUGUUUACAGUAUGUCAAAAUAUCUGCAAUUUGAAUAAAAAUUGUUAUCAGAGUUCAGAACAUGACCUUAUCUUGAAAUUUAACAUCAUGUCAAUUUCUUAUCUAGUUCAUCAGAUUCGCCGCUUCUCUUUGUAAUAAAUCUAAAAUAUAAUAUCAUUAAAAAUGAUCUCCACCAGUGUGUUUAAAAAUAUCCGCGUACAUCAAGCGCACAGAAUUCUUUGAUACACAUGGCUUACGAAUGAUAGAAGUGCAAACAUUUACGAUGCCCAACGUUAUAUGUACGAUGCUUCAAAAUAAUUGUCUUGAAGGUUUUCCUUAUAAUGCAGACAAAAUCGAAGUCGAUGAGACUUUUGAAGAGCUACAGUGUAAUAUUAAGUUCAUGUGCUGAACAAAUGAUAUAACUAAUGAUUUUAGAUCUUUAUUUUUAACCGCUCUCUUUUUGAAAUCAUACUUAGUUCAAUUAAGAAAAUCCACAUUUCCUGUUAUUCGCUCGCCACAUCAUUUUUAUUUCCUAAAUGAAAAAUAACACUUAUAGAAAAGUUUGCCCUCUCGUUUCUCUUUUUUCUUAGCAAAUGCAAAGAAGUAUUUUCCAAAUUGGAAUGGCCUAAGAAGAAAUAUAUUGUUUACUUCAGAACAAAUUACCCUAGUGUUGACUUGGAUAUUAGUGGAAACACAAUAAUUUUUAUUUUUGGCCUUAGCAUUCAAGAAAUGUACAAGUCAAAAACAGGUUAAUUGCUAUCAGUGUGUGAAAUAUGUAGAUCACUUGAAUGUGUGAAAUAAAUGUAUAUUGAGAAUAGGUUGAUAUUUACAUGUCAGUUUAAUUAUUGUAGAUUGUGUUCCUAAAGACCCAGACCCUCCACAUCAUGGACACACUAGGACUCAGCACUCAGCUAAAAGUACGACAAUGUUCUCAAUGUCAGGGGAACACUGAGUUUUACUGUAACACAUGUAAACGUGACCUGUGUUUACAGUGUAAAAAGAAACAUGUUACAGAAAACAGCACCAGAUAUCACAAUGUAGUGUUCUAUGUAACUCGUUAUACUGAGAAGAGUUUUACCACACAGUGUAAACUACGACAAUGUUCUCAAUGUCAGGGGGACACUGAGUUUUACUGUAACACAUGUAAACGUGAUCUGUGUUUACAGUGUAAAGAGAAACAUGUUAUUGAUCUACAUACCAAACACCAUGGUGUUGUGAUUUACCGUGAGAACUUUAAAUGUGUCCCUUUACGAGAGACCUGCGUCCGACAUCCAAACAGAAAAUACAGAAUGUUUUGUGAUCACUGUUACUAUUCCGUAUGUAAGCGCUGUACAGGUCAUAGCACACACGCGCUGGUGGACCUUAGAACAGCCUAUCAAACAAAGCGACAACAACACCGAGAAAUCAUAGACAACAUCAGAAGUGAGAUUCUCUAUAACUGUCGUGUUUUCCUGGCAGGAAUCCAAACUGAUAUCCAAACUUGUCCCCCACAAAUCUGUCACCGUCAAUCACAGAUGUCAACAAAAGCCAAGAGACUGAAAAGUCUUAUCGACACUGCGGUAUGUGAUGUUAAAAUAAGAUACAGAGGUUUAUUGAUUGAUAGAAUACAACAACAGAAGAGAAAAAUGAACAGACACCUCACCCACAUACAGAACUAUGAAAACAGAAAUGAACAAUCAGCAAACAGAGCGGUACAAUUCCUCUUGUUUAUAAAGACCAGUCGUGUCCCCCAGAUAAAGGACACCCCUAAUCUUCCACAACACCUGCUGUUGUCCCUGACUGAGGGAUUCAACAUAGAUGAUGUCAGUCAGUUAUUGAGGGGAAUCCCAGAAAUCCAAAUGACAACAGGAAAACGACAAGUAGGAAUAGACGAGUGUGUGAAACUGAUGUCCACACCUGUAUUACACACGUCUGUCUGUGUGACAGGUAGUAGUUGUGUGUUACACAUAUCUCGCGUGAUCUCAGACAAGGUCUGGGUCUCUGAUUAUAACACUCUCAUCUUAACCGACACAACAGGAAACACUAUACACCGUGUGACAGAUAUACCAACAUCGUAUAGAGUAGGACUACACACAGUGAACUGUUCUGGUGAACUGAUUUAUAUAGACAGGAAACAUAACGUCAAGAAACUCUCUGUAAACAAUAAAAUAUUUACCGCACUGUUAGAAAGACCAUCACCAUGGUAUCCACGGUGUGUGUACUGCUCCCCGUCCACUGGAGAUCUGAUGGUCGGGAUGUGUAACUAUAAAACAAAGACAGGCAAGGUAACCCGGUACAACAGUGGUGGUCAACACAUCCUGACCAUUCAACACAACAACAACAGUCACACACUGUAUAGUGGCCCUUAUUAUAUCACAGAGAAUAAGAACGGUGAUAUUAUUGUGUCUGACUGGAUUAAUUAUCUUCGUGGUGCUGUAGUGGUAACAGAGGGCGGGGGGAGACAUCGAUUCUCCUACACAGGACAUCCAUCAGGGUCAUCGCUAGCACCACGAGGAAUUUGUACAGAUGCACUGUCACACAUCCUGGUGUGUGAUGAUAACACCCGCUCAGUACAAAUGAUUGACAAGGACGGCCACUUCCUGUCUCUGCUAUUGACACAACUCAGUUUAAACAGACCAUUUAGCCUGAAUUAUGAUGAUCAAACUCACCUUCUCUGGGUCGGACCAUUCAACACCAACACAGUGUCUGUAUAUAGAUAUCUACUGAGGAGGUACUCUCUGACUGAUAUAUGGUGGCGCCCAGUUUUUUAUUGGUGGAAGAGAGAACCCAGAUACAAUGUACCUGGGAAGAGACCACUGACUUUCCGAAAGUAAAAUAAUCCAGUCACAGAUGAGCGGAUCAUGGAAGCGUCAGGUUAUGACGGGAUUCAGAAUUAGGAUCAGAGCUGGAAAUGAGUGAAGAGUCCGAGUCUGAAGAAAACAGCGAGGAUCUGAAGUCUGAUGAUAGCAGCAAGGAAUCUGAUCCUGAUGACGAGGACACUGCUGAAUCAGGGACCAGUGAAGAAAAUGGUGUAGAGCAAAACGGUCAUGAUAAGAAUUUAGAGGAGACCAACGAGGAUAAAGAUGAAUAAGAAAUGUCCGGGUAAUGAUAGUGAGAUAAUAAAGAUCUGUCCGAAGGAACGGACUAGGUUAAAUAAGUGUCAUUUCUGGCCCUGAAAUUCUAGCAUAAUUUGCUUUCUAUGAGAUACAGUCAUUUCCAAUUUGAAAUAAUCAAAAACUAAAAUUAAGUGUUUUCUCUUUUAGAAUUUUGUAUAAUGAAGUUCGUGACCUUUCUUCAAUGUGUUUUAGAAUUUUGUAUAAUGAAGUUCGUGACCUUUGUUCAAUGUGUUUUAGAUUUUUGUAGAAUGAAGUUCGUGACUUUUCUUCAA